GUGGUCUAUUGACGUGUCAGUCACAGGAACUCCUAACACACAACACAAGCUGCCAUUGCGUGUGUGGUACAGAAGAAAAGCAAUACGAUAAAGCCAAGAACGAGUAGUUUUCUAGCUACACAAUGCAAAGCAAUGUACACACAAUCCUGUCACUCAGCGCCGACGACAGGGCACUUACAUCAGGGACACGACGCUGUGCAUCCCCUCACACCCGGGACACGACACUGUGCAUCAUAUUAAGGUCGAAGAUUGGAGUUUGAUAAAGCGUCGGACAAUAUGGCUGUGGCAGAUGACCUAAAAAGGUAUCUUUAUAAACAGUUGCCAAGUGUUGAAGGUCUUCAUGCCAUUGUAGUUUCUGAUAGAGAUGGGGUGCCAGUAAUUAAAGUUGCUAAUGACAAUGCUCCUGAGUAUGCUCUCAGACCUGGGUUCCUCUCCACCUUUGCAUUGGCAACAGACCAAGGCAGUAAGCUUGGUCUCUCUAAAAACAAGAGUAUCAUCUGCUACUACAACACGUACCAGAUUGUACAGUUCAAUCGAUUGCCCUUGGUCAUCAGCUUCAUAGCAAGCAGCAGUGCAAACACAGGAUUGAUUAUAAACUUGGAAAAAGAUCUUGUUCUGUUAUUUGAGGAGCUGCGCCAAGUCGUGGAAGUUUAAGAAUGGAUUCAGUGAAUCUUUAUAAUACAUCAUGUAUUCAUCAUGGUAUUCCAGUUCGUAUAUUUCUUUCUAGCAGUAUUCAUUUGCAGCAAUGAUAGUUUGCAUUGAACUGUGGCAGGGGAAAUAAGAAUGUAAUUCCAGGGUUUAUACUAGCUCAAGCAGUAAUUACCUAAACAUCCAGGGAUGGAAAUAAGACUCCUAUUGCAUAGCAGUUUCACCCAUUCACCCGUUUUUUAAUAUGAACUUGAUUAGCCACAGUGGUAACAAGCUCAGUUGUGUCUUUUUAAACUCAUAGUAAAACCAGGAGUGGAUCAAACUGCUAUGGGAGUCUUAUUUCCAUCCCAGACAUCUCGCACACUUCAGGCUGAUUUUCCAAAUUUAAGUUACUCAGAAUGACGUUUGGAAGCCUGUUAAAAUGUAUAUACAUUUGUUGUACGUUACUGUAGCGUACACAUUUGUAUGUUGGAUAGAUAUGCCCUUGUUGGCCCGAAGUGUGCUCCCAGUGCCAUUACAAAAACUUUAAAAUAUACAUGUACUGUGUUGAAAAAGUAGCUAAUAUAUAUAUAUUGUGACCUUAUUUUUUUUCUGUCAGACAAAUUGGAAUUGGAAAUAUAAUGGUAAACCUACUGUAGAUAAGUAAUUUCAUUCAGUAUAACGAAAACAUUUACAUUUUGGUUUUGGACUGCAAGAUAGGAUACAUAUCAUAAACACUUUAAAAGUCAUCCAAUGAAAUAUUGUGGGAUACUUGGUAUACUUGCCGUCUAAGUUUAUUUCUGCCGAGUAUGUAUACCUGUAUAUAUUCAUACAGACCUUUUGGGGAUGUGCACAAAUUUAAAUAAAUAGUCAAAGACUUUGAGUCACAA